AUGGAUGCAGCGGACCGUGGUAUUCUCCUGAACAAGCUUGCUGAUCUCAUGGAACGGGAUCAUGUCAUUCUUGCAUCCUUAGAAGCUCUCGAUAACGGGAAGCCAUACGGUAUGGCAUAUGCAAUCGAUGUCGCAUUAGCGAUAGCUUGCAUCAGGUACUAUGCUGGAUAUGCCGAUAAGUAUCAUGGAAAAACAAUUCCCAUCAGAGGUAACUUUUUCACCUACACGCGACACGAGGCAGUUGGAAUCUGCGGACAGAUUAUCCCAGUAUGUUGA